UAUAAUGAAAGCCAUGAGGGGAUAACUCUUGUCUUACUUGUCUCUGCAGCUGGAAAGGAAGCCCAGCUAUUUUUGCACAGAAACAACCAAAAAAUUGUGUUUGUUAAAUUGUUUAGGCCUGAAUUUUGCGUCUCUGUAGUCCAACGAGGACAACAUGUGCUGAAAGCUCCCAGAAAGCCUCUGUGUUUGGGACGUGAAGGUGGCACCACAAUUAUUGUCUCGUUGAAGGAAAAGAACUCUUCACUUCACCCUUCUCAACCCAAAUGCUGCCACAUGAUAUUCCUUGCAGUGCUAGGUGAACACUGGACCCGUGUGUGUUGGAAGCUGGCGGUUUAUCUGUGAUUCAGACAUUUGUUUUGUUCAGGACGAAAUCGUCGUGGGCUAGCCACGGACGGUCUGUUAUGAGUUUAUAGCUCUGUGAUUGUUUGCUAAUAUUGUUCUCAGCCAAUGAAAGAGUGAUAUUUUGAAUAGACUCCUUCAAGGAUCCUCUUCUUUAGUUGCGCAAGGGAUUUUUCUCCAGCUGUUCUUAUCCAUAGACAGUUGUCGUUACCUAAACGGAACUUAAAUAGUUGACUAGAAACGGGUUUGACGUAUAGCAACCCAACUAGAACCGAAUUAGCUUCCAAGAACAGAAACAAUUUACGAGACGGGAAGCCAAUUUGGCAAAACACAACCAGAUCAAACCAGUUUCUGAGUGUCGCAUUGCUACGAAAUCUGAGAACCACACCGGGUUCUCCUCUUGAGAACGGAACAAGUGGUCUCCCCUAGGAGGGAGGGGAUGCCCUCAGACUCGCACCAGAGCGCGGUGGGCCGAGAGAGCGGAAGCGGAAGUAAGCAGGGCGGCGCCAGGAAGAGCAGCAAGGGUUCGUCGUCUCGGGGCAUGAGGCGUCACAGAAGUCACACGGACGCCGGGCGGGAGGGAGCGGCGCGAUACCGCGAGGACAUGGACAUCGAGGGGAUCCUGCCUCCUCCCUUCAGACGCCUCCAACCACGCACUGCAAGAGCGCGUGGAGGUGCUGAUGGAGAAGCUAGGGGAGGCCACCAGCGUGGACAAAGGGCCGCUGCUCGAGUCCCAGGAUUCCGCCGACUACACAUCCAAGAACAAAAAGCCCCAGCUGUCCCAGCGCAUCAAGACGACCUACAAACAGUCGACCAGCAAGCUCGUGUCCAGCUUCCGCGCACCCAGCACCGCCUACAGUCUGGUCCGAGAGUACCGGGGUCAUCGCGACGGCGUGUGGGAGGUCAGCGUGUCGAGGUCACAGAGCAAUCAGGUCAUGGCCACAGCGGCGGUCGAUCACAGCGCCCGCAUCUACUCCAUCGAGAGCGGCUCGUGCCUGCUGCAGUACACGGGUCACCGCGGCUCAGUCAACUCGGUUCGCUUCCACCCGACCCAGGACCUGGUGCUGACCGCCUCGGGCGACGGGACGGCCCACGUGUGGCGGGCUCAGCUCUCCCAGAUCCCACACACGGACGUCACGGCAGGUGACGUCUGCGGUGUUUGCCAGCGGGGAGAAGGUGGUGUCGGGCAGCGACGACCGCUCGGUCAAGGUCUGGGACAUGCGCAUCAUGAGGUCGCCCAUCGCCACCAUCCGCACGGACUCGGAGGUCAACAGACUGUCGGUGUCUCAGACUCACAACAUCAUCGCCAUCCCCCAUGACAACCGCAACAUCCGCCUCUACGACAUCAAUGGCGUCAGGAUCGGCCGCCUCCCACGCAACAACAGACAGGGUCACUCCCGUAUGGUGUGUGCGGUGGCCUGGGCCGACAACAACGCCACCUGCAACCUCUUCUCCUGCGGCUUCGACCGCAAAGUUCUGGGCUGGAUGGUGAACCUACAGGGCAAGGAGUGAGCCCCCGCCUCGCCCUGCCACGCCGCCUGCACAUGUCGGUCGCAUUCGUCGCAGUCUCGGAGCAGACGCAGCGUUGAAGAAACUCGACGACUUGUUCCAAACGCGGCGACUUGUUCUGAGGGUAGCACACACUACUACAAGAUGGUUCAGUCUCUCAAAAAUGGGAAAUUUACACGCGUUUGUGUAGUGUAAAAGAUAUAAAAUGUACCCAUGUUUGCAUGAUGUAUUGUAA